AUGUAUGAAGAAUCAAUAAAAAGCAGGGCAGCUUCCUCAUAUAAAUUUGGGACAAUUAUUUGUAAACGCAGUGAUUUGUAUAAAAGACUAGAAGUAGACAGGGCCAGCCACUAUAAAACUGCUUUAUUCGAAACUCUUUUGAGGCUAGGAAAUAGUGAUUUUAAAACAAAAGCUUCUAAAGAAUAUCUUAUUAUAAAUUGCAUUGUGCUUUUCAUCAGAAAAAUUCAACUUUUAUCGAUUAUUCUUUUAACCUUUGAAAAUUCCAAAAAUAUUACUUUAGAAUCUUUUUUAAAUUGGUUAUUGAAAUUAACAAGAUUUGAUAUUCUUUGUGGUGAAUUUAAUCUCCAGUUUAUAUUUUUAUUCAUUUUGAUAUCAACUCUUUGGGGAUUUUUUAUUAGCUUUUGUUUAAUUUAUUUCCAAAUAUAUUAUAAAAGAAAUGCUAUUUCAAUACCACUUGUUCUAGUAGCUAAGAUCUUAUGAUGAACAUACGAAAAUAUUUUAUUUGUGCCUUAUUUAUACAGUGUUGGGGUAUAUUCUAAAUAUACUUUUUUCGAUAAUUCUACUGAAAUAACAGAAUAUGAUAAUAAAAAUUUAUCUGACUAUAAUACAUAUUGAGCAAUACCCUUAAUUUUAGGAUUUCCUAUUAUAGUGAUAGCUAUAUUUUUCAGAACUAUUUAUAAUUGCAAGCCAUAUUACACAAAAAAAUUUAAAAGAAAUAGGAUGUACUCACUUAUUACUUUGAAAGAUUUCUUUUUUCAAAUAAUCCUAGUUUUUUUAUCGUUUUACAGUUCAGAUUUAUUUUUUAAUAUCUUUUGUGCUAUAUUCUCUAUUUAUAUGGCUUUUCAGUAUUUUUUGUACUUGCCAUUUGUAGCAGUAUUUGAUAACUUGUUUGAGGCAAACACUUGAAUACUUAUGUUGUUUGGAGUAAUCUCUCAUCAGCUUUCUGUUCGUACUAAUGCUAAAUCUGUACGCGCAUUAAUCAUUUUUUUUAUCUAUCCAUGCUCUUGAAUCAUUAUGGAUUAUUUUAUGAAUAGGAAUUUUGAUUGCGCAUUCAAUACAAAAAAUCAAAAUCCUUAUUGCAUUGGAAAGAAAUAAAAUGGUGACGUUGACGGAAAUCGGUCUCCGAGACGCACCUCGUAUGGAGCUGGUAGGACCAUUUCUGAUGAAGUUGAGACACAGAGCCUUGCUCCCUGUCCAGGUAGGCCUACAGAGGUGGGGAAGCUAUGCCGAAAAGGGAGUUUUAUUUCUCCCCUGAAGGUUUUUCCUGUCCCUGCCAGAUGGGCUAGACAGAUUUUUACCUACCACAUGGUCUCCCCACAUCGAGACCAUCGGGGCACUCUCCAGGAAGUGGUUAUGUCCAGAGGAGCUGAUCCUCUGGACAGGUGGUUCAGACCAGAAAUCAAGAUGGCGACGGCCUGGGAGUAUGGUCGCAUCAGAAACCUGACCUGAAAUAACCUUUCGAGCUGAGGUGUGGUGGUUCGCUGGUUCGCCCACGUAUGGCCAGACAAGUUAAUCUUAAUCUUAUUGCAUUGAGUUUAAAAUUAGGCAGCUUUUGCUUAAAACUAAAUCUAAGAACUUGCACAAUAAUUUACGAUCUCAGAUAAAAGCCAUUUUUACAGAGGCAACAAAAGAAUUUUUAUCAUUUAAGCUACUUUUUGUAUGGGAAAGUUUAUUUUAUUUGCGAUAUGAAAAGGAUAAAUCGUUAGCUCUAUUGAAACUUUCAAAAAUCAAUUUUUCAUCUCAAAACAUUUCAAGAUUUUGGAAGCAAGAUAAUAAAGGGAAAAAAAAAUUCUUUAGCUAUCCUGACAUAGAAGCAGAAUUUUUAUAUUACUAUUAUUAUAAAAAGCUUAUAAAUGAAGAAUCCGAAAAAAAUUUAAUGCUGAUAAGGUACAUAAGAGACAUUAACCAGCUGAAUACAAAAGAUUUAGAAGUUGCAUGUGAUCUUUGAGAGUUAUAUACAAAACUAUCAAAUAUAUCUGAACAUUCCCCAAGGAUUAUUAGUAAAUUUUGUUCAAUACUUGCAAAUUCCAAAAAAAAAUAUGAAAAAAAAGCUGAAAAAAUGAUGAAAAGGCAUCAUUUAGAUCCAUUGGUCCUUGAAAUUUAUGGAUCAUACAAAGAAGAUUUAUUAGGCGAUAUUGAAGGGAAAACGCUCCUCGAUAAUAGCAAAAAUCUAAAGGGGACACAAAUUUUAGGAAUUGAUAAAAGCUCAGGUGCAAAGUUUCAAGGUAUGGCCAUUAUGGUGGUAAGUGGCAUGCCUAAUACGAUAGGAGAUAUUUUAUAUUUAAACGAAGAAAUUCAAAAAUUGCUUGUAAUUGAUAAUGUUGACGAUUAUCUUGGGACAAGCUUCACACAAUUUAUUCCGCCUCCUUUUGAUGUAAUACAUAACGAUAUUUUAAGGAGAGGAUUAAUUUUUAGUGAUAGGAAAGAAGUAUUUCGUCCUAAACUCUUUUUGAUCACUACAAAAAGGUAUUGUGUAGAAGUAACAAUGCAUUUCCGUGUAUCUUUUUUCAAACAAACUCCUUAUUUUAUCGCAGAUUUCAACGAAAAAGAUUAUAAUAGCAAUAUAAUUCUAUAUUCUUCAGAAGAGGAAAUAUACGCUACUUCAAAGAAUAUCCAUCAGAUAAUUGGCAGCAGGCAAGGCUCUAUAUUUGAAGUUCUUAAUAAUAUUUCAUAUUAUUUCGAAAAGUAUGAGCUUGGGACGAUCUUUGAGUAUCACGAAGAUUUCACCAUUUCAAUGCAAAGGGCUAAACUUCAAAUUGAUGAUUCAACGCUAGAGGUUUUGUAUAUUAUGAACGAUGAUUUUUUUGCUCAAAUUAAAAAUCUCGGAAAAGAAUCUGCAAUUGAAAGCGAUGAAUGAGACUAUAAAUCUAACUAUAAUAGCCAUACCACAAUACUCCAAACUAAAUCCAAUGCAAAACUUGAACCAGCAAUUUCGCACUCUUAUUUUACAACUAUGCAUUCAGGGAUAGAAAACAAUAAAAACGCAAAAAACGCAGAAAACACCAAAAUGAUCAAAAACAUCGAAAGCAAUAGUGAAAAAGUAAUGAAAUUUUGUAACUCUAUGAACAUGAAAGUCAGAUUUUCUGUAAUAUGCCUGCUUGGAAUUAUUAUUGCAACUUUACUUUUAGAAAAAUAUUUAAUUAAAGACCUAAAUUUAUCAAUUUUUAUUACUCGCUCAUUCUCCGUGAAACGACCAACAAAAAAUUUUGUUCACUCUAUUGUAAAAUUUAUGUUUUAAAAUAGGAGCUAUUUAAAAUUAACCAGAAUGAGCUGGAGAUUUCGUUAUAAUAAUCUCAGAUCAAAAUAUUUUUCCAUAAACAAUUUAAUUUUUGAUCACUCAUGCAGGGUAGGGGGGUUUUACCCAAAAAUAGAUUUUUCCAAUGGUCUUGCUAGCUUAUAGAGUGGGAGAUCUAGCAAUUUCGCGACAAUGAGAUUUUUAGGAUUAAGUAUUUUAUCAGACUCGAGAUCUCUUGAUUUAUUAAGUCAAGGCUAUAACUUAUCAUCCACCGAAACAGCUUAUAGGACCUCAUUACAGACAAAUCUGCUAAACUUAAAAAUUGUUUUGACUUCCACGAAUUCAAAUAUACUAAAUUAUAGUUACUUACUCCCCAUCCUUGAAUGAACGGCUCGACAUUGUUCGAUCAAGAAUAGGUUAAAAAACUUUUUUGGGGAAAAAAUUGUAAAUAAAAUAAAAUAUAUGGUUUUUUUUAUAUUUUUUAAAUGAGAGGAUUAAGAGUAUUUAAUAAUUAUUUUUACAGCAAGAAAUUGCAAAAAUAAUAAUUUUAAUAUUUUGAUUUUUUGGUUACCUUUAAACUGUAUUAAUUUUUAAUUUGUUCUUUAUUGAAUUAAAAAUUUAAAUGCUAAAGAAUCUCUAUUUUUUAGAUUAUUGAGUUUUUAAGCCCAGGCUGAUUACUAAAGCACUUUGGUUGAUUUUUUAGCUUUCUGUCAUCUCAAAAGCCUCUGGCCACAACUUCAUUAGAUCAUUUCCCAACAUUCGAUAACUAAUAUAUUUUAUAUAAAAAUUUGCAUGAUAUGAAAAUCGUUCGAUCAAGGGCGUUGAUUUCCCGAAUUUUGAAGAAUUUUUACAGUGAUUCGUUCGAUCAAGGAAGGGGUAGAGUUAACAAACUAUUUAGCGGAAAAUGAAAUAAUAGCAGUUGAAAAGCUGAGUAGUAAUUUAUAUCGCACCUAUAAAAUUAAUUUAUUUCAAGCUCUUCAGAAAAUUAUACAAGAAGGUUCAGCAAUUGUCAACACUAAAUUUUCGAAUUUUUCAGAUAUUCAGACAAACCUUUUUUAUAUUUAUUGAAAUUUUCCUGGAGAAACUUUUAGAUGUUUAAAUGCAAGCAUUUACUCGACUGCUAAAGAAAUGCAGGAAAAUACAUUAUCUGUAUUAGAGCUUUUAAAGUAUUUGAAGAUCCUUACUUUUAUCCCUACUUUGCUAAUAAUUGCUCUUUCAGUUAGAGAUAUAAUUAAUCUUGAAAAAUACAAUAAAAAGAAUUGGAACAGUCUUUCGUCACUAAAUAUUAAAAGAAAAGUAGUUCUAAAAGAGAAGCUUAUAGAUAGACUUUAUAACUUUCACAGCUUGAAAGUAGACGAAGUCCAGCUCAAACGCACGAAUAAAAAAAUUUAUUCAUUUAUUUGAAAGUCAUUUAUCUUUAAAAUCCUUUGUUUACUCCCCCCCCCCCCUCCGUGAGCGAACAAAACCAUUAGAAAAAUCGCCAUUUUUUGACCAAAAAACCCACCCCUCCGUGAGUGAACAAAAAUUUUUUUAAUAGAAAAAAUUUUAAUGGAAAAAAAUUUUGAUAUAUAAGUGAUAAUUAGUAUAAUGAAAUCUAGAGCUAAUUCUGUUUAAUUUUAAACAAAUUGCGUUUUAAAACAUAAAUUUUGCAAAUUAAAUUAAUAUUUGCUUCCCAAUUUUUGCAAAUUAGGAUUUUUUUAAAUUUCGAAAAAAAUAUUUUUUAUAAAAUUUAUAUAUAAAUUUUUUUUAAAAAAAAAAAUUAACCCCCCUCCGUGAGCGAACAAAAUUUUUUUGUUCGCUCACGGAGGGGGGGGGGGGAGUUAGAGCUUUUAAGUAUUUUCUAUUAUUUUAUUUCUAUUUAUGUGCUGCAAAAUCAAAUAAGUGAUGCUUUAAUUUCUCAAACUGAUUAUAGAUUUAGCUCUGGCUUAAGAAGAUCACUUACUGCAACUACUUAUUUUUGAGCUAGAGAACAAUUUUUAGAUAAGAGCAAUGCUUCAUUUAUUACUAACAUGUUACAUGACAGCAAUCCAUUUCCUUCAAUUCCACACAAACUGCAAUUUUUGAUUGACGAUUAUAAGCAUUGUCAAAAAUUCAUCAAUUAUGGGCCAUUAAAGAAGUAUUAUAAUGAUGAAAUGGUAAGCCUUAUGAUCGGAAAUCCUUGCACUCAAUUAAAUAAUACAAUAGCAAAAUGCCAAAGCAGCUAUAUAAGUAUGGGAAUAGUGCCUUCAGUAGAAGUUUAUAUUGAUGAGGUUAGAAGAGUAACAAAUUAUAAGAAAACUGAUUGAAAAGAUAUCAUUAAGCUGGAGCAAUAUUCUAAAUUGAUAUCAAGUUCAGUAAGUUCGAUGGUAAAUAUCUUUAUGAAUACUACUAAUGCUCAGGUUGCUGAUACUUUAGACAAUUUAGUUAUCACAACCUUGUUAUAUUUCCUGCUGAUGAUAAUUAUUGCAAUGCUAAUUGUGUUCACAGCUGUAAAUAAAAUGAAAAGUGACUUGAUUGAUAAAAUUGAGGUUUUAAAAUACUUUGAAGGCUAG